CGCUGCCGCCCAUGGCCCCCUGAGCCGCCGCCGCUGCCGCCGCGCCCGGGCGGCCAUGAAGCCGCUGGAGAAGUUGCUGAAGAAGCCGGGCUCGCACCUGCCCGCCCGCCCCCCCGCACCGGCACCGGCACCGGCAGCGCGGCGGCAGAGCCUAUCGCGCCCUCCCGCAUCGCCCGAGGAACCGGCGGGGCCGGCGGGGCCGCAGCCGGGGGGCGAGGGCCGGUGGCUGGAGCUGCGUCCGCCCGAGGCGCCGCUUCGCUCCCCCGAGGAUCCAUCCCCGGGAGGCGACCGGGACCGGGACCGGGAGCCACCGAGCCCGGAGCCGCCGCCCGCCGCCCGCUGCUGCUGCGGCUGCGGCCCCGUCGCGCCCGUGCCCCCCGAGCGGCUCCUGACCGCGUUCCUGGAGCGGCUCCCGGCGGGCGGAGCUCACGGCCGCGGCUGCGGAGCAGAAUCGCUGCUGGAUGACAUCGUGCUCACACACUCGCUCUUCCUGCCCACCGAGCGCUUCCUGCAGCAGCUGCACCAGCACUUCGUGCUGCCGCGCUGGGAGGACGGGGCCGGGCUGCGGCGCAAGCGGGCGGUGCUGGCCGUGCUGCUGCACUUCCUCGAGACCUACAAGGGGCUGCUGCAGGAGGAGGAGAGCGCCGGGAAGGUGAUCAAGGAGCUCUACCUGCUCAUCAUGAAGGACACGUCCCUGUACCGCGACCUGGAGGAUGAGAUCCUCAAACUGCACCAGCUCGUGGAGACCGUGGAGCUCAAGGUGGCCGACGAGACCCCCCCCCCGAACAAGCAGGUGAAGCCGCUCUUCAGGCACUUCCGCCGCAUCGACUCCUGCCUGCAGACGCGGGUGGCGUUCCGCGGCUCCGACGAGAUCUUCUGCCGCGUGUACAUGCCCGACCACUCGUACGUGACCAUCCGCAGCCGGCUCUCGGCCUCGGUGCAGGACAUCCUGGCCUCCGUCACCGAGAAGCUGCAGUACUCGGAGGAGCAGAGCACCCGCGAGGACGCCCUCAUCCUCGUCACCGUGGCCUCAUCCGGAGAGAAAGCCGUGCUGCAGCCCAGCGAGGAGUGCGUCUUCACCACCCUGGGCAUCAACAGCCACCUCUUCGCCUGCACCAGGGACACCUUCGACUCGCUG